CAGCUGCAUUCACUAUGUGCUGCAGGGUCUUACGAUUAGCAGCUGUACAGCUCCCAAACCACACAGUGAAUGCAGCUCAUCAGAAUGCUCUUAAUGGUUCCACAGUAGAAGGUGUGCAUGAUGGGUGUCAGGGCCCUGGUUCUUUUCAGCUUCCGGAGGAAAUAGAGGUACUGCUGGGCUUUCUUGGCCAGUGAUGCAGUGUUCUUCCAGGAGAGGUCAUCUGUGAUGUGUACCCCCAGGAAUUUGGUGCUGCUCACCCAUUCCACAGCAGUUCCAUUGAUAGUCAGCAGGGGAUGCUGGGUGUGGGCCUUCCGGAAAUUGAUAACAAUCUCUUUUGUUUUUUUCCACGUUUAAGGAGAGAUUGUUAUUCAUGCACCAUGUGGCCAGUUGAUUCACGUCACUUCUGUAAUUUGCUUCGUCAUUGUUACUGAUGAGAUCCACCACAGUUGUGUCAUCAGCAAAUUUGAUGAAGUGGUUGGAGCUGUAUGUUGGAGCACAGUCAUGGGUUAGCAAGGUGAACAGCAGGGGACUGAGCACACACCCUUGGGCCUCUGUGAUUGGUGUGAUGGUUUCUGAUGCCUUGUUCCUGAUUAGAGAUGCUCCGAUUGAUCGGACGCCGAUCAUGAUCGGCAGAUAUCGCCUAAAAAUUGUUUGAUCGUAGGACCCUAAAAAAGUUGAUUAAACCACAUGACGUAGGCUACUCGCGCAAUGUUUUUUUUCGACUGCGCAUCGCAUGGACUCAGCAGAGUGGAGCUCUUACAAGUGGCAGCAUGAGUUCUCCUGUCUGGAAGUUCUUCACAGUGUCUGACAAAGACAUAAAAUUUGCAGUUUGCAAUGUAUGCCAUGAUGAAAUCCCUCGAGGUGGAAGCAACCCUCGAAAUUUCAGUACCACUAACCUCAUUAGGCAUCUUAGAACACGCCAUUAUACAACUGAAUAUGCCGAGUAUGAGAAGCUAAACCAGCCGAAGCCAGCGUUGAGCUCAUCCCCAUCCCCCAAUCAGCCGACUGUGAGUGAGACACUUCAACGACGUGAACCAUACAGCAGGGAUAGUAAGAGGUGGAAAGACAUCACAUUUAAAAUUAUGGAAUUCAUUUGCCUCGAUGAACAGCCUCUAUCCGUUGUGGAGGAUACAGGGUUCCGUCGCCUGCUAACCUGUCUUGAUCCACGAUAUGACCCCCCCCAGGCAGGAAAUACCUAACAGACGUGUGUCUCCCUCAGUUGUACCAAACAGUGUUUACAUACAUUGACUCGCUUCUGAAGGAUAAUAUAUAUUUCAGCUUCACAAGCGAUAUUUGGAGUGCAGAUGCCUGUCCAAUGUCCCUGCUAAGCCUAACGGUGCACUUUAUUGACUCAGACUUUGUCAGACACAACAUUGUGCUCCACUGCCAGGAUUUCACAGGCACACAUUCUGCAGCGGCUUUGGUGGAAUCAUUUAGCGGCAUGUUUCAGUCAUGGGGGAUCUCAAGAGAAAAAAUCCACUCAAUUUUAACAGACAACGCCAAAAACAUGCAAAAAGCAAUGAGAGGCGCAGAUUUCCCUGGCCUGCCGUGUAUGGCACACACUCUCCAGCUUGGUGUGAGUGACGGAAUAUUGUCCCAGCGAAGUAUUUUGGAUAUCACAGCCUCAGGGAGAUGCAUUGUUGGGCACUUUAAACAUUCUCCAUUGGCAUACACCCGGCUGGAACAUUUUCAAAGGCAACUCGGCCAACCAAUUAAAAAACUCCGCCAGGAUGUUCCCACGCGAUGGAACAGUACAUUGUACAUGCUCCAGAGUCUGUUAGAACAAAAACUUGCGCUCGCCUCCUAUGCAGCAGAAUACGAAUUGCCAUGCACGUUCACAAUCCACCAGUGGAAAUUAAUUGAAAAUACGAUCUCCAUCCUCUCCCCAUUUGAAGAGCUCGCACAACAGAUCAGCUCAUCAACUGCGUCAGCUGCGGAUGUGAUUCCAUGUAUAAGAGCUCUCACCCGUCUCUUGGAGAAGACAGUAGAGUCUGACCAUAGCGUGAAAACAGCAAAAACGGUGCUACUGGAAGCUGUCAGAAGACGAUUUGCUGACAUUGAUACACAGAAGCUAUAUGCAAUUGUAACAAUGCUUGAUCCAAGGUACAAAGACAGAUACUUUCCAGAGGCACUCAAACCAACUUUACGUGAUUUGUUUCAGGACACUGUGGCAGCCCAUAGCCACACUGAAUUGCCAAGUACAAGCAGUGUGGAGGUACCCAGUUCCAGCGGGUCAACAAAUAGCCCACCAGCUUGCUCUUUGCAGGCAAUGUUUGCUGAGCUGGUGGAGGAGGACACAGGACACAAUCAACAAGAAAUCACAAUCAUCUCGCAGAUCAACCACUAUCUAGCAGAACCCGUAAUGCUACGCAGUGGACAGCCACUUGCCUAUUGGCAGGUAGUGUCUCCAGUGGACCCCAGGAUUGACCUGAAAUAUUGCAGUGUGGUUGUCAGUAGUGAGGGGCAUCUGAUGAAGAGUGUGAAUCACUGCAGAAAAACCUCCAGUAGGGAGUUCUGCAGAAGUUAUGUCGUAGACUGUACUAGACGUUGA